AUGCGUCAGGAGUUAAAAGCAUGGGGAAGAGACGUGAAAUCCCGUUUGCGCCACAGACCCAAAACACCCCAGCCUAGCAAAACAGGGAUUCACGCUGACCCCACAUCGUUGCCUUCUGCAGCACCCGCAAUCACCCAGCAUAGCAUCAACCAAGCCCAGGAUUUAUGGCAAUCUGCGUUUGAUCAACUAGACAGAAAGGAACAGCAAAUUUUGUCAACGUUGAAAUACGUUCCUAUCCAAGAAGGAAACGGCGGUGAACAGAAUGGAAAUUCCCCAACCGAGGCCAUAAUCGAGAAAGUCAUUCAGGGGACCAAACAACAAUAUGAAGGAUACCAAAACGGGGGCAUAAAGAUCCGGAGGUCAACCGGCGAAGAUAUUGAUCUUCGAAAGCUUUCCCGCAACAUAAUUGAUGCAGCAUUAUCCUUCAAAGACAUUGUUAGUGCCGUGGUGGCUUUUGAUCCAAGUUGUUAUGCAGCAAGCGCUUGGACAGUUGUCUCGCUUGGUUUGACGAUGACCCAAAAUCGACUUGACCUGCGCGAUGCCUUGUUUGACUCUUCAGAGUAUCUGGCAGAUACCCUUGCCCGGUGUGCUUAUGUUGAGAAAGCAAUAUACCGGAAUGACGCUGGAAACAGAGCCGAAGUAGGACGCGCACUUAUUGGUGUCUAUAAAGUCAUACUCCAAUACGCAGCAGAGGUAUUAACUGCUCAACAAUCCAGUAUUGGGAGGUGGAUACAGGACACUAUCACUGGAAUUACCAAGCAACGCCUCGGGGAGCUUCAAUCCUCUGUUAAAGAACAAGAGCAAUAUUUGCAUCAAUGGGUUCAAAUGGACCAACACUUGCGUCAUAAUGAACAAGCGGAACUUCUCUUAAGUCAAUGUGAUAGAAUUAUAGAGUCUGUUCAAGCGCUUAUCCAGAAUUUCGGCCUUCCCAUCGCAGAGGGAGCCAGUUAUGACUCAUAUGAUAAUCAACAUGAAGACAAAUGUCUGCCCGAGACCCGGACUGAGCUUCGUCAUCAGAUCACAGAUUGGGCCGGGUCGCCGGAGGGUGAAUGCAUAUUUUGGUUAAACGGUAUGGCAGGCACAGGCAAGUCCACUAUUGCCCGUACGGUUGCACAGUCCUUGAGAGAAAAGGGGCUGCUAGGAGCAAGCUUCUUUUUUAAGAAGGUAAGCGUCAGUUAG